AUGGUAUUGAUACUACCUCAGUCAGAAAGGACGCCGCCGCCGCUGUCGAAAAGUGGUUCAAAUGGAUCUAACAAUGGUCAUAGUCAGAAACAUAAUCAAUCUAAGAGGAUUACAUCAUCGUCUUCUUCACCAUCAUCAGUAGUUACCAAUAAAAGUAAUGAUAGGAGAGGCAAUAGGAAAAGUAAUAGGAAUGCCAAUGGGAAUGGGAAUAGUAAUGCAAAUGAUGCUAAUCAUGUAAAGUUAACUAUACGGUUAUUACCUCCAAAUUUGACUAAAGAAGACUUCUUUAAACAAUUAGCUGAUUAUAUCGAUUAUUCUCCUUUAAUUGAAAAGACAUACUAUGUUCAAGGUUCAUAUCCUAAGACAUCAUUGUUUGAAAUGCCGGAAUAUUCUAGAGCUUAUUUAUCAUUUAAAGACGAUACUAAUUUAAAUACCUUGAAAGAAGCUCUUGUUGAAAAACCAUUUACUGAAGUAGAAACUGAUGAUUCUAUUCUUCCUGUUAUUGAAAAGAGUUUAUUCAAUAAAAUGCCCCUUGAUUCUCCCAUUAAAUCUAAUACAGAGAAGUCACUGCUUGAAGAUAAUGAAUUUUUCAAACAAUUUAUGAAAUUUCAAUCUGGGGAAAUCACUUCAUUUGAUGUUUUAAAAAUAAGUAAUGAAUUGAAGCGUAAAAGGAAGAAGCCAGAAACGAAGAAGUCAUCGGAAUCCACAAAAUCAAAUGAUAAAGACAAAGAUAAAAAACGAUCUAGAUCCAAGAAGUCAAAUGAUCGCACCAAGGAUACUGAUAAGACUAAAAAUUCUAAAGAAACUGAUAAAGCUAAGAAUAAGAAAGUUCAAGGAGAUAAGGUUACUUCAUCCAAUAGAUCGAGUAAACCCAAGGACAUUUCUAAUGAACGGACUAAAGAAGUGAAAGAAAAAGUUAAAGACAGGCAGCCAAGAAGAGAAAAACCGAAAGACAGUGAACCAACUGAUAGAGAAAAUAAUAAUAAUAGGAGUACUUCUAAAGAUAAGAAGGUUAAUGAUAGUAAUAUUAGCAGAAGCGGUAGCAGUAACAGCAGCAACAAUGAUAGAAGCAGCAGAAGUAAUAGAGGAAGAGGAAGAGAUAAUAAAGACAAUAAAAGCCAAGUAAAGGACAAUUCAAAUUCAGAAAAAGUUAAUAAUCAUACCAAACCUAAAUUUCCCAAAAAGACACAUUUAAAAUCAAAUGACGAUACAGACACUAAUGACAAUUCAAAGCCAAUAAAUGAUAAAAAUAGUAAUAAUACUAGUGGUACACCACCACCAUCAAGACCAAAAUUUAAAAUAAUGAAAAGACCAUCAGCAUCUCAGCAAGAGUAA